AUGGAAAUUGUUUGGGAGGUGCUUUUUCUUCUGCAAGCCAAUUUCAUUGUCUGCAUUUCAGCUCAGCAGAAUUCACCAAAAAUCCAUGAAGGCUGGUGGGCUUAUAAGGAGGUGGUCCAGGGAAGCUUUGUUCCAGUUCCUUCCUUUUGGGGUUUGGUGAAUUCAGCUUGGAAUCUUUGCUCUGUUGGAAAACGGCAAUCACCAGUCAAUAUAGAAACCAGCCAUAUGAUAUUUGACCCCUUCCUUACCCCACUUCGGAUAAACACAGGGGGAAGAAAGGUCAGUGGAACAAUGUAUAAUACUGGGAGGCAUGUUUCUCUACGCCUGGAUAAAGAACAUCUGGUGAAUAUCUCUGGAGGGCCCAUGACAUACAGUCACCGACUAGAAGAAAUAAGGUUACAUUUUGGCAGUGAAGACAGCCAGGGAUCAGAACAUCUGUUGAAUGGACAAGCUUUUUCUGGGGAGGUUCAACUAAUCCACUAUAACCAUGAGUUAUAUACAAAUGUCACAGAAGCUGCAAAAAGUCCCAAUGGCUUGGUGGUAGUUUCUAUAUUUAUGAAAGUUUCUGAAUCAUCAAAUCCAUUUUUAAAUCGUAUGCUUAACAGAGACACCAUAACAAGAAUAACGUAUAAAAAUGAUGCAUACUUACUGCAGGGACUUAAUAUUGAGGAACUUUAUCCUGAAACCUCUAGUUUCAUUACAUAUGAUGGGUCCAUGACAAUUCCACCCUGCUAUGAAACAGCAAGUUGGAUACUAAUGAACAAACCUGUCUACAUAUCAAGAAUGCAGAUGCAUUCUUUACGGUUACUAAGCCAGAAUCAGCCUUCACAGAUUUUUCUGAGUAUGAGUGAUAACUUCAGACCAGUCCAGCCUCUCAACAAUCGAUGUAUCCGAACAAACAUCAACUUUAGUUUACAAGGGAAAGAUUGCCCGAACAAUAGAGCACAGAAACUACAGUAUAGAGUAAAUGAAUGGCUCCUGAAGUAA